GUCAUUGAAAUGGGAGUUUCAAAACAAAUCCAAACAUACAUAAAUUCUUGAUUACCCCAAUGAAAAUAUCCGCUUAAAGAAGUUAAAAAAGCUUUAAAUUCAUUUAAAAGUAGCAAGAAUAUGACAUCGUCAUAUGUUGAAGGGAAAUCGACGACAGCGCUAGGAAACGUCAACACGGCAGUUAGGGAUCCGAUUCUUAUUUCUGAUCGAUGUCUAGAAAUUGCACUAAGGGUAGAAAGAAAUCGAAAUCAAGUUGAUUUGUAUUUCUCAACUAUGCAAAAGGACAUCACCCCGGCAAUGAGAAAAAUAGUCGCAGAAUGGAUGCUAGAAGUUUGUGCAGAGGAGAAAUGCCAAGAAGAGGUGGUGUUACUGGCUUUAAGUUUUUUGGAUAGAUUUCUUUCAACAAAAUCAGUGCGAAAGGCUCAUCUUCAAAUAUUAGCUGCAGCCUGCCUUUUACUUGCUUCAAAACUUCGAGAACCAAGUUGCCGUGCUCUCUCAGUGGACUUGUUGGUUAUUUAUACGGAUAAUAGCAUAUUCAAAGAUGAUUUGAUUAAAUGGGAGCUCUGUGUUAUAAGUCGAUUAGGUUGGGAUCUUUCAUCCGUAACUCCUUUGGAUUUUGUUGAGCAAUUAAUUAUACGCCUGCCACUAAUUAAAAAAAACAUUCGAGAUGUUUCUAUGGAAAAAAUCAGACGACACGCCCAAGCUUUUAUAUCACUGGCAGCAAAAGAACAUACAUUUACAACAUACUCAUCUAGCACGAUAGCUGCUUCAAGCAUAGCUACUUCAAUGCAUGGCCUAAAAUGGCAUGUACGCUCCGGACAUAAUUUAAAUGUUCUAAUAAGCCACUUGACAGACGUAACCAAAGUGCCGGAAGCGCAGCUGAAAGAAUGCAUGUUACAUAUGGAAGAUUUUUUCAACAAGCAUAGUCGAAACAUGCAACACUUUUGUAUGGAUAUUCAGCAGUCGCAAACCUCAGCAAUAUAUCUACAAGGUCGAUUCCAUGUGCAACAUCCGGAACACAUUGAAAAACAUAAACAUCCGUCGUUUUCUCAAAUGUCAGACUCUCUCAACCAACAAAAGCAUUCGUUUAAAAGUGUUUUACCAUACAGAAUAAAGUCGUGCAGCAAUUACACACACUCUUCGAAGGAUAUUGACAAACAUAUCAUAUAAUUUAUACGGAAUCAUUAAAUCAAUUUUCUUAAAUUUA